ACCAAGAAAGGACCCUGGUAGCACCAAGCUUGGUUAAACACAAAUUAAUGAAAAUGUAUUCAAAUCACACUCUUUUAGGGCAUUUUUCAACACCAUUAUGCAGCAACUAUGACAUAGGUUGCUCAGCUCACGACAAGACACAAUACAAAUCCAAAAUAACAACUCAAACAUCAGUCAGCAGUGUAAAUGUGACCUGCCUGAGGACAUCUGAAAAAUAGAAAUGUGUGGUGGGUUGGCUUUGGCUAAACACAAGUUGCUUACAAAGCUGCUGUCUCCCCUCUUUGACAGGGAGGGGAGAAAAUAGGAUGAAAAUAAUAAUGGAUUAAAAUAAAGACAGUUUAAUAAUGCAAAAGCAGUGGCCAGGUGCAGAAGCAAAAGAAGACAAAAGAUUUAUUCUCUAUUUCCCAUUAGCAGACAAUGUCCAGCUACUUUUGGGGAAGUAGGGCUUCAGCCCAUGCAGCAGCUGUUCUAAAAGACAAAUUUCAUGAUAAUAAAUGCUCUACACCCUUUCCCCUUAGCCUUUAUUGCUGAGCAGACAUCAUAUGCUCUGGGGUACCCCUUUGGUCAGGUGGGGUCAGCUGUCCUGGCUCUUCUCCAAUAUGGGUCUCUUCCACCACAGGCUGCAGUCCUUCAGGAGCAGACUGUUCCUAAGUGGGUCCCCCAUGGGGUCACAAGUUCUGCCAGCAAACCUGCUCCUGCACUGGCCCCUGCAGGGUCAUAAACUCCUUUGGGUACAUCCACCUGCUCCAGCUUGGGGUUCUCCCUGGGCUGCAGGUGGAUCUCUGCUACGCCAUGGACCCCCACAGGCUCCAGGGGCACGGCUGCCUCACCACAGCUUUGCACCACAGGCUGCAGGGGAAUAUCUGCUCUGGCUCCUGGACAACCUCCUGCCAUUCUUCUUCACUGACCAGGGUGUCUGCAGAGCUGUUCUUUUCAUAUUCUCUCUCCUCCCUCUGGUUGCAGUUGCUGUUGUGCACGUUUCUUCCUCUUCUUAAUUCUGUUGCCCCAGAGGUGCUACCAGCAUUGCUGAUGAACUCGGCUUUGGCCAGCACUGGGUCCAUCCUGGAGCCAGCUGGCAUUGGCUUCUUGAAUGUGGGGGAAGCUUCUCACAGAAAGCCACCCCUGUAGCUCCUCAGAGAAGCUUUAUCUGCUGUUGUUUAUGGAUUUGGUUUGCAUGGAACACAGAAGUAACAAAAGUUAGUCCCUUCCAGCUCUGGGGAGAUCCCAUUGGAAUUCCUGGGCAUGCUCUCCAAGAUGCAGGGGCUUGCUUCUCUUUGACCGUAGACACAUGUGCAACUGUAACACAUUUGUAACUGUAAAACAAACAUAUCAUUGGCUAUUUCACAUCCAGGACAUUCCUUAUGAAGUUUUGACAGUUUCUUUAGUGAGAGGAAAUUAGAUCGCUCAAAUCUUGUUUCCUGGAGUUGACAGCAUCUGGUCCAUAGGAUGCAUAGAAUCAUUGUUUUUCCCAACACAAAUGAGUCCCUAGGCCUUUGAACACAAUUAAGGUUGAAUGUGGCAGUCUGAGCUUUAGAACUUAGGAUUAGGAUAUGAAUAGAGCAACAAACUAGGAAAUGUCAAGAAAACACCAUGUUAAAAAAACCCACUUUCUGUAAAUGUUACCAGAGUCAUCUUUCAUACAAGCACCUUACUUUUUCCAGAGUUAGCAUCACAAAGUGCUGUCCCAAACCUUCUCAUAGAGAAUGCCACAGGAAUAGGUUCACAAAGGUAUUGGUUCAGGGCAAACCAAAUUGUAGUGAAAGGAAUGAAGUCAAGGUCUGAGUCAAAGAAGAGCCCUGCAGCAGAACAGAGAGACAGCAAGGAGUUCUGUCAGUACAAAGAUAGAACCACUAAAGCAGUCACACAGCCCCAGUGAGGUGAGAGGAGAGAAGGAAAAAACUGAAAAAAAAUUUGCCUGUGGGCUGCAAUGCCAGGAGUAACCAAAAGAUUUUUGACAGGUCACAGAGUCAGGAAGCAUUUCUGCACUGACAGCCUCUAUGUUUUCAGCUAAAAUAUAAACCAAUCCCGACUUGAUAUGAAGACAGAGAACAUAGAACUCCACCACUCUUGUUUCAAAACUUAGAUAAAAACACACAGAUUUUUUAAAAUCUUUGCCUCAUUCCUUAUCUAAUUUUUUCUGGCUUCAGCUUUCAGCCACUAGUUUUGGGGUUUGGGGGUUCCCUUUUCUGCUGUACUCUCUGUAAGACUCUCUAGACAGUAGUAUUUCAUUCUCAUCCCCCAAAAUCAAGAGCUCAGUCUCAAGUCAUUUCGCCAUCUCAUUUAUGACAGUCUCUAUCAGUAUACCACAGCAAGAUCACAGAACUGCUGGAAGUCUCCCUAUGCAGGAAAUCAUUUCCAGGCCUCCUGUUGAGGAACCAUUGCUGUAACAGCACCGACAGCAUAAUUACAGCAGGAGUGGGAUUAGAGAUCUCCAGGAAAAAGGACUCGGUCUUGCACGGGUUUGUGCACUUUCCCUUCACCUGCUGGCACGGGGUACUUUGCACGGUCAUCCUUAAAAAGCUGAAUUCAACAAGUGUAAGCUCAUGAAGAGCAAUAAAGGUAAACACUAGUGACUCUUCUCCCUCACUCCUGGGUCUCAGCCGGGGUCCCUCAGCCCUCACUGCGGACCCAUCCUCGCCUCUCGAGGAGCCGGGCACGGCUCUUCCGCACCGCGGCCGGCACCGCACAACUUCACUGCAGCCGCUCCGCGCCCCCGAGCGAGGCUUCAAAAAGUUACCGCCGGCCUGCGGGAGCGGAGGGAGCGGGCGGUCCGGCCCCAGGGCGGUGAACGGCCGUGGGUGAACGGGCGGCGAACGUCUGUGCGCCCGCCCGGGGGAGGCGGCCCGGCUCCUGCGCGGCGAGCGGGGCACGGCGCGUCCCACCCCCGGCCUUGACGCCACGCGCUAAUGAAAUGCUAAUGCCGGGGCGCGGAGCCGGGCGCUGCCCGCGCCCAUAAAACGCGGAGCGGCGCGGGGCCCUGCCCGCAGCCAUGCAGAGCGCGGCCCCCGCCGCCCCGCCGGCCCUGCACCUGCUCACCUCCUACUUCAUCGACAGCAUCCUGGGCCGCGGCCCCGCCGCGGGCCGGCACGGUGAGGGGCGGCGGGGAGGGCGGCACGGCGCGGAACGCGCGGAGACGCCGCGGCCCGGCCGAGCGCGCAGCCCCGCGGAGGAGCCGCAGGCGGGGGAGCGUGAGGAGCGCCCGCCCGGCUCCGAGGCACCGGGUCCGGUGAAGAGGAAGCAGCGGCGGUACCGCACCACGUUCAGCACGUUCCAGCUGGAGGAGCUGGAGCGCGCCUUCUGCAAGUCCCACUACCCCGACGUGUUCACCAGAGAGGAGCUGGCCCUGCGCCUUGACCUGACGGAAGCCCGGGUGCAGGUCUGGUUCCAAAACAGAAGGGCAAAGUGGAGGAAACGUGAAAAAAAUGAAAUUCUGGGGACUGUUCCGGGAAUCUCCUUAACGCACCCACUUGGUCUCUUUCUGGAUGUUCCACUGAGUCAUUCUCCCCUCCUAGAUCACACAUGGAGGUCAAUGCCUCUUUCAACACUGGCUGUGCCGUCCAUGUCCCCAGCCUUUAGUCCUUCAACCUUAGGGCCAUUUGGCCUCAGCAGUCUUACCUGGACUUCUCUCUUCAGAAAUCCUAUAUUAAAUCCACAUUUUGGAAGGUUUCUCAAUGCUUUAAAUCCUCUCGUGACAACAGCUUCAGUACUAAUGAAAGCUCCUGGACCCCCGUCAGACCCUGUUCUCACUGCCUUCACUGAUCCAGCAGCAGUUGAAAGGAAAACGUCAAGCAUUGCAGCACUAAGACUCAAAGCGAAAGAACAUUCAGCACAAAUCCCUCAAUUAAACCUCAUCUCCAGUCUUACAAACACUAACAAAGAACUUUGUUAGGAGCUCUCCCACAGACUACAGCCACGGAGGGGAAAGUGAAUGCCUUCUCCAAUAAGUAGCUCUCAUUAGAGAGACACAUUUUAAAAAAGAAAACACACACACAGAGCUGUAUUUCCUGCAGUUUCAGUAACAGACUGAAAGGAAAUAACCUGCUAAAUAUUGUUUUCCUUCAUUACAACAUGAAAUCAGGCAGUAAAUUGGCUUGUGUAAUUUCUUGCACUGCAAAAACAGAAGCAGAAACUAUCUCAUCUGUGUAAAUCAGGCUAACGUGUCUGAAGCUUUGAAAUCACCAAACUCACCAGAAGCUAGUCCAAAGGCUCGAAAUUCUUUGUAGGAAUAACCACUUUUCUAGGCAACUCUUAACUUCUCAGGAGGAACUCUUACAUGUAGUACUUGAGAAUCAGUAUACAGUUAUUAACUUGGAGACCAUGCUUCAUGUUGAAGUGCAAAUGCCAGUGAAAUAUUGCAUUCGAGACAGACUUAGCAGGAAUGAGAUGGGGACUAUUUUCAUUGUGGGCUUUUGAUUCAGAACCAGGUUGGUGUAAAGAGUAUCUUGUUUCAAAUUUUAAAAAAGUUUGCUUUAUGUUCAGGGUGUCAAUGUCUUAAUUAAGAAAGUUUAACCUCUGUACAUGAACUGUAUCCUGUGAAAAUAGGUUAGCAGUGUGCAGUAAAUUGUCUGUAGGUCUCUGUGUAUGUAUAUACAUGUCAAUCAGUAUCUUAUAGCUGUAAAUAUGAGGUUGCUGUAUACUUUUAGCAAGAUUUCUGGCACAUCUUACCAGACCAGUAGGUUAACAGAUUACUUGUAUAUUUUGAGACAUUUCAUGCCUCGAGUAGUUUCAGAAUGUAAAUGAGUACUCAAUGUGAAGUGUUAAAUUCUUCCUUGGACCCAUGUUGAAAUGAGUGAAAACAGAGGCCUUACUGAGCAGGAGUCUGCAGUCCAUCACAAUCCUGGACUCCAUGACAGGUCAUUUUAAAGCCUUUGCUGGAAUUCCCCACCCAAGGCCUUGGGACUGAGAACAACUUUCCACAGGUCUGAUGCUUUAGUGUCAAGUGAGGAUACGUAGUAUCCUCCUGGUGCUGUAGUGAAAAGCGAGGACAGGUCAUCGUACCUGCUCCUUUUGCAGCUCACUCGCCUACCUCACAGGGCUGUUGUGAGGACUCAUUAAACAAACACGACACUGUGCAAA